UCAAACACAAACAAUCAAAUUAGCCGUGCCAAUGGCCUUACAUGGGAGAAUGCUUCUUUUGCAACUGAUCUCUUUGGCCGCAGUACUGCUGUUAGCAUCCUCAAUGCUAGCAGCUGCUCAAUCCCCGCCGCCUGACUGCAAGGAAACCUGUGGUGGCGUCUCAAUUCCAUAUCCAUUUGGUCUCACUGACGGUUGUUACCUACAUGUGCCGGGACAAGAUUCACAGCAAUUCAAGCUCGCUUGCGACACCACCGCCACCUCGCAACCGUCCCUAAAUUUCUUGGAUAGCUAUAACUUCCCCACAAACAUUUCCAACAUUUUCGCGGGUGAGAGUGCGCUGCAAGUAAUGUUGACCACGUCCCGAAACUGCUACAACGACACUGUAUACAACUCCUCCUUGCACAGAGCCAGUUACCUAUAUCUUCCGCCUUCUUACACCCUCGCCGACAAAAACAAGGUUUAUAACAUUGGCUGCAACAAAGCAACGAAGCUCGUAGGUUAUCCUCUUCAUGUUACAGGCCCUGAACAGCUCUUUGAAGUAGCGCUCAGCGGUGUAAGCUUGUGCAACGAUGAAUUUGGCAAAAGAUUCCCCGAGACUUGCACCGGAUUCGGAUGCUCCGUAAAUUCUAUCCCUAGUGGACUGCAAAAUAUUACGGUCGAUGUGUGGUCACUCGGUACCGGCCUCGGAACAUCGGCGCCGUGGGGACUGAGUUACCCUUGCAGUUACGGCUUCGUUGUGGAUGAACGCAACUUUACAUUCGCCGGGAAUCGAAGUUUUGAUGAACUGAAUCGCACAAGAUUGGAGCUUCCGGUGCUUGCUAGUUGGGCGAUUGGGAAUGACAACUGCGAAGCAGCAAAGAAGAAGAACGAGACAGCUUUCGCAUGCAAGGGUGAGAAUACGGAGUGUGUCGACCGCGCUGGUGGUUACUUCUGCCAGUGUUGGGAUGGCUACGAAGGGAACCCAUACCUCCUCAAAGAUUGCGUAGAUGUCGAUGAGUGCAAGAAUAAUUCAACCCUUUGCAGUGGUCCUGCAACUUGCGUAAACUCAAUUGGAAGUUACAAAUGUAAAUGUCACAAGGGCUAUAGAAAUGAUGACAACGACAAGAAUAAGUGUGUCAAAAUCAACGAAACCUCCAGCAAAAAUGAUACAGAAAUGAAAAUUUCCUUGGGUGUCUCUUUGAGCUUCCUAGUCAUACUGAUUAUAACUUUUUCGAUAUACUGCGUACUGAAAAGAAGAAAGUUCAAGCAGCUAUGUGACAGGUACUACGAAGUCAAUGGGGGCUUCUUGUUACCACAAGAAAUGCAAAAGUACAAAGGGUCUCAGGCACCCAGAAUAUUUAAAUUAGCAGAGCUUAACAAGGCAACCAACAAGUUUGAUCCCCAUGAAAUAAUUGGAGAAGGAGGCUUUGGAUUGGUUUACAAGGGAACAUUGCCGGACAACAAGCAGGUGGUUGCUAUAAAGAAGUCAAAAACUGAUGCUCCCACCAUGACCCCCGAAAGUAGGAUCGCCCACACUAAGCAGUUCAUUAAUGAGAUGAUUGUUCUCUCUGGAAUCAAGCAUAGAAAUGUCGUGACCCUCUUAGGUUGUUGUUUGGAGACCAAAACGCCUAUAUUAGUGUACGAGUUGGUCAGCAAUGGCACGCUUUAUGAGCACAUUCAGAAAAAGAAAGGCAAAGGACCUCUUUCCUUUGGGCAACGAGUGAAGAUAGCAGCAGAAACAGCAGGAUCCCUGGCAUACUUGCACUCCCGCGCUUCUUCCACGCCAAUUCUGCACCGAGAUGUCAAGGCGACGAACAUCCUGCUGGAUGAGAAUUUGACAGCCAAAGUAUCAGACUUUGGAGCUUCAAAAUUGGUUCCCGAAGAUCAAAAUACUCAAAUGGCUACUUUAGUGCAAGGGACGCUAGGGUACUUGGACCCUGAAUAUAUUCAGACACACAAACUGACGGAGAAGAGUGAUGUCUAUAGUUUCGGGGUUGUCCUUGUGGAGCUAUUAACGAGUCAAAUGGCAAUUAAUUCCAACAAGAAGCUUGAGGAAGAGAGAAACCUAGCGAACUGUUUUUUAAUGGCGGUCGAAGAUAAUCACUUGGAUCAGAUUCUUGAUCAUGAAAUUAUCAAAGAAGAAAGCUUUGAAAUAGCCGAACAAGUAGCCCAACUCGCCCAAAGAUGUUUAAGUCCGAAAGGAGGAAAUAGGCCUACCAUGAUAGAAGUAGAAACAGAGGUAGGGGCAAUAUUGGCAGUUAUGGGAAAGCAUCCAGGAGGAAAGCCCGACUCCUCCCCCAAUGAGAUCGAUUACUUGCUUGCAGCGUCACCUUCAAAUGCUUUCGUUGUUGAUGUUAGAAGUGAUGAAGGUGAAGUCAUAACCAGCAUAGAUUAUGACAAGAGCAUGCAUAGUCAAGCCCAGAUGAUGAAGCCUUAUGAUGGUGGGAGAUAGUUCAUCAAUUGGCAAGCUAGCUUCGAAUCUCUUUCAUAGCUAGUUGUUCUUUUGAGUGUGUUGUGUUCUUAUGAUGGUGGGAGAUAGUUCAUCAAUUAGUUAGUU